AUGUCACUGUCUCAAAAUAUUGGCAGUAAACAUAAUGUAACAGCCAGACCAUUUGGUGCUGGAGAUGCUGUUUCUCCUGGUACAGCGACAGUGGUACAUAAGCAGUUUAACUCUCCCGCAGGAUUGUAUUCCGCCUCAAAUAUUGCCGAGACUUUUAAGGGACAGACGGAAGGACUAAUCGCAGGCCACAUGCUUGAAGGGGAGGAAGAACCUCAGGCUGUAAGCAGCCCAGGUGUACAGUCAAGAUCGUUUAAGAUGUUGCAACAACACAUCGGCGAUGAAGUUGAUGGUAAUGUUCAGCAUGCGCAUACAGUCAACGUACCUUCAUCAACAGAUCCAACAGCCUACUCCUCAAACUCUACCGUUGAGACAGACAAACUCAAGUAUCCGUCUUAUUUCAAGAGAAUCGAGGCUCCGUUUGCUAGCAUUGUUGGUGUUGCAGGCUUUAAUAGACAGUCAAAAUAG